GAGCUCAAAGUUUCAUUAGAGUCCAAGGAAUUCACAUAAAUCAUACGGUUGUGCUUUAUUGCUUCAAUUCUAAGAGCUUGUUUCUUUUUUGUGCCAAAAUCGAUCAAAAUGAAGCUCCUUCUAAUCACUGCAAUUGCUCUGCAACUUGCUUUCAAUUUUGGAAUGUCACAGAAAGUAGUUCCUCGACGCGAUGAACAUUAUCCUCCACCGGAAUUGCUGAGAGCUUUGAGACCAAUUCAUGAUAUUUGUGUGGAAAAAACCGGAGUCACUGAAGAAGCCAUCAAGGAAUUCAGUGAUGGGGAAAUCCAUGAAGAUGAAAAGCUGAAAUGCUACAUGAAUUGUGUUUUCCAUGAGGCUGAGGUUGUGGAUGACAAUGGAGAGGUUCAUCUAGAGAAACUGCACGACAAAUUGCCAGCUUCCAUGCAUGACAUUGCUCUUCACAUGGGCAAGAGGUGCCUCUACCCCGAGGGUGAUACCCAAUGCGAGAGAGCCUUUUGGCUGCACAAGUGCUGGAAGAGUUCUGACCCAAAACAUUAUUUCUUGAUAUAAAUAGCCAAAUGUCGGGGACAAUUCAACUUCAAGGAUGUCAGAAGACCAUCCAAAUGGAAGAUAGCACAUUAGUUGUGUGACUAAUACCGAAACAGGAGGGACAAUUCAAAAUUUUGUGACUAAACUGAAGAAAGGGUAGAAUAAAUCAGCAUCAAUGAAGGAUGAA